GUUCGGCUGAGUUGAGUUGAUUGUCAGUUUUCAUACACAUCGGUUUUUUCCCAUUUCUGCUUUUUUUUUUGUACCCCAUUUUCCUGAACUACUUAGGGUUUUAUUGGCUAGUGCUAGUGCCAUGCCAUGCCUUCUUUUUCCGGCAAUGAGGUGACGAAUGAGCAGAUCGACGAACUGAGGGAUGCCUUUGAAAGGUAUGAUCUGGACUCGAAUGGCACUCUAUCAGCCCACGAGGUGCGCCUGGCUCUGAUAUCAGUGGGUUACGAAAUCACUGAGGCGGAGCUGUACGAUCUCAUCCAUUCGGUGGCUGUGAGAGACGAGGAGAGGCUGGACUUGAAAAAAUUCAUACGCAUGAUGGCGCCCCGAAUGGCCCAUGUGGAUAGUGAUCAAAGUCUAUUCCGGACCUUCAACAUGAUUGACCGCGAUCGCGACGGCUACGUCACCGUCCAGGAUGUGCGUGCCAUCAUGGUCGUCCUGGGCGAAGUCGUAACCGAUGACGAUAUUAAGGAUAUCUGCCAAGCAGUCGAUGUGGAUGGCGAUGGUCGCAUUAGCCUGCGCGAUUUCAUAGGCUUUAUGCACAGCCCCAUUUGAACUGAAUGUAUCU